AUGCCGCCGCAAUUCGACGUGGACCAUGUCCUGAAAAACAUCGACGAGCAGGAUAAGAUCGCCCUUUUAUCCGGAAUCGAUUUCUGGCACACCCACCCCAUUCCCGAAUUCAAUGUGCCCUCCGUUCGCUCCACCGAUGGCCCCAAUGGCAUCCGCGGCACCAAGUUCUUUGCCGGCGUACCGGCUGCCUGCUUGCCAUGCGGGUCUGCGCUCGGCGCCACCUGGGAUCGGGAGUUGCUACACCGGGCAGGAAAUUUGGUCGGCGAGGAAUCUAUCGCCAAAGGCGCCCACUGCUGGUUAGGUCCGACGAUCAACAUGCAGCGGGCUCCGCUAGGUGGUCGGGGUUUUGAAUCCUUCGCAGAGGACCCCCAUUUGUCGGGAAAGCUGGCUGCCGCCAUGAUCCUCGGCUGCGAAGCCACGGGGGUCAUCUCGGCCGUGAAGCACUUCGUGGGCAAUGACCAGGAGCACGAGAGACGCGCCGUGGACGUGCUGGUCACCCCGCGAGCUCUACGGGAAAUCUAUUUGCGACCGUUUCAGAUUGUGGCGCGCGACGCCGCGCCCGGGGCGUUGAUGACCUCCUACAACAAGAUCAACGGCAAACAUGUCGUGGAGGACAAGCGGAUGCUAGACCUCGUCCGCGAGGAAUGGAAGUGGGAUCCGCUGAUUAUGAGCGAUUGGUACGGUACCUACACGACGAUCGACUCUAUGGUGGCCGGGUUGGAUCUCGAAAUGCCCGGCGUGUCGCGAUAUCGGGGCAAGUACAUCGAGUCGGCCGUGCAGGCGCGUCUCAUCAAGCAAUCAACUAUCGACGCGCGAGCGCGCCGGGUGUUGGAGUUCGUUCGUCGAGCCAGUCAGACCCAGGUCUCCGGAGUGGAAAAAGGUCGAGACUAUCCGGAAGACCGCGCGUUAAAUCGCGCCGUCUGCGCCAACAGCAUUGUGCUCCUCAAGAACGAAGACAUCUUACCCCUGCCUAAGGAGGCCAAAAAGAUCGCCCUCAUUGGGUCGCACAUGAAGACGCCCUCAAUUUCCGGUGGCGGAAGCGCGUCUUUGGAGCCCUAUUACGCCGUUUCCCUCUACGACGCCGUCAAGGAAGCUCUGCCAGAGGCCACGAUCGUCUACGAAACGGGUGCCUACGCGCAUAAGAUGCUGCCAGUCAUCGACCGCCUCCUCAGUAAUGCCGUCUUGCACUUCUACAACGAGCCCGUCGGCACACCACGCACGCUCCUCUCCACAGAGCCGAUGGCUAAAACCGCCUUCCAGUUGAUGGACUACAAGACGCCGGGGCUGAACCGGGCGCUCUUUUGGGCGACGCUGGUUGGUGACUUCACACCCGACGCGUCGGGAACCUGGGACUUUGGACUGAGCGUCUUUGGCACAGCCAAUCUCUACAUCGAAGACCAGCUGGUUAUCGACAACACCACACGUCAGACGCGCGGUACGGCGUUCUUUGGCAAGGGCACUGUCGAAGAAGUCGGAUCCCUGGCGCUGGUCGCCGGCCAGACCUAUCGGAUCCGCAUCGAGUACGGCUCCGCAAACACCACGACCAUGAAGACCGUCGGCAUGGUCAACUUCGGCGGGGGCGCCGCCAACCUAGGUGCCUGUCUACGUAUGGAUGCCGAGCAGAUGGUUGCCAGUGCCGUCCAGGCGGCCAAGGACGCGGAUUAUACGAUCCUCUGCACCGGGUUGAAUCAAGAUUGGGAAUCCGAAGGCUUCGAUCGGGCUCACAUGGAUCUCCCGCCCGGGAUUGAUCGGUUGAUCAGCCAGGUUCUGGACGUGGCCGCCGAUCGCACUGUAAUCGUCAAUCAAUCGGGGAUGCCCGUCACUAUGCCCUGGGUCAACCAAGCGAAGGGGAUCGUCCAGGCAUGGUAUGGCGGAAACGAGACAGGCCAUGGAAUCGCAGACGUGAUCUUCGGCGGUGUAAACCCCUGCGCAAAGCUGCCCGUCUCUUGGCCUAUCGACGUGAAACAUAACCCGGCAUACCUGAACUACGCCAGUGUCGGUGGGCGGGUGCUAUACGGUGAGGAUAUCUACGUAGGAUACCGGUUCUACGAGAAGACGGAACGAAACGUUCUCUUUCCGUUCGGGCAUGGCCUCUCGUAUACGACCUUCGCUGUUUCCCCGGAAGCCACCGUGCAGCCCGCUACAUUUUCUCCGGAAAAUCCUCCCACGAUCACGGUACAGAUUCAGAACACGGGUGCAAUGGCGGGAGCCCAGGUGCUACAGCUAUAUAUCGCUGCCUCUAAGUCGCCGACCCCGCGACCCGCCAAGGAGCUACAUGGAUUCGAAAAGGUAUUCCUACAGCCGGGAGAACAGAAAAACGUGCAAAUCAAAGUCGAUUCGUACGCGACGAGCUUCUGGGACGAGAUUGAAGACAUGUGGGAAAGCGAGGCCGGCACCUAUGAAGUUCUGGAAACAUGGGGGUCGCGCAUCCUGGAGGCCGUGGAGAGGCAAGAGACGCUACUCACAGAGACAUUGGCCGUCAAUCGAGAUAAUAUUCCGAUCCUCCGCCCGCGAAGUGAUUCCACAUUGCCUGCCGUGGAAGAGGAAGAUCCGGAGAGUAUCUCACGCAAUGAUGCACUGAAGACGCCCAUUACCGGCUCGGAUAUGAUCCUGACCUGGCCGAUCUUCCCGGAGAAAAAGCCCGUCACUACGUUCCCUGCCUCUGCAUUCUCCGAGAAGCCGGAUAGGUUCCAGCCAGGAAUACCGGGAUUUGACGCCGUUCGCAUGUUUGAGCUGCGGGAAAUCUUUCUGACGAAAAUCUGGACCAAGAACCCCAUCGUCGACGCGGACCAACUCGACCUAUACAUCGCCAACGUUCUCGAGAAUGGCAUCGACUGGUCUGCUUCGUCCUGUCUCCUUCUACUUGUCUUUGCCCUGGCCGCUGUCUGGGGCAACUAUCCCGACGCCGAAACUCGGACGAUCGCUCGCCAUGAACCGUCUUUCGCGCAACAAGGUACAUACGUCAGUUUGGCGGUUCCAGAGUGUCGGAUGAAGGAGUCGCUGGCUUUCGUCUCCAUGGCGCGCAAACGGCUAUCGGCAGCAUACAUGGAUGAGUCCUUGUACAAUAUCGAACCGAUCCCGGGGUGGAAAAUGUUUCGGACGGCGUCGAUGUUGUGGCAAACAUAUAACCUGCGACAUCGAACAGGCGAGACGGAACGAUCUUCACAGGAGCAGAGUCUGGAACAACGACUAUAUUGGACCUGCCUGAAGUCAGAAUGUGAAGUCCGAUAUGAAUUGACAGACUUACCACCCUGCGACCUGUCCCUCUCCGAUUUCCCGUUCGCCUUACCCACAUUUCCGGUAGAUCUGGCCUACGGGAGCCCCGGCGAGAUACUCGCUCACAGUCCCUCGGCCAUGAACCCGGAAUCGAUUUCCUCGUACUACUACCUAGCCGAGAUCUCUUUAAGGAGGCUUCUCAAUCGCGCGCGAAAUGCUGUGCGCGUUCUGGCACCCGAUAUGACCAUGUCGACCGUGGCGCGGCUGGCUGAAGCGCUGUCUACGCUGGAAAGCCAGCUUCAGCAAUGGGUCGAGUGUCUUCCACAUACCCUGUACUUCAAUCCACCGCUGAAAUCGAUGCCCGCACCCAACGAGCCGGAACUUGUCAAAUUGGCGAGAGAAAGAUACGUGGAGGUACGCGAGCUGUUAUGCCGGGCGUAUCUGUACCUCUGCAUCCAUGUGCCACUUGAUCUUGAGCUCGCACAGAGCUACGGGCCGAAGGCCAGCGAGGCACUACUACUGUCUGUGUAUCGGACGCAAACUGAGGUCCCAUUCUUUCGACAUCCCGGGUCAUGGGGCGCAUGUCGUGUGCGGUUCAACCACGCGUUGUGUCUCAUCGCUGCCUUUCGAGGCAAAAUGAAUGGCAUCUCGUCGAUGGACUAUGUCAGCAUCCCCGCGGCAUGGGCUGACUGCGUUCGAGCGGUGGUCGAGCGAUUAAGGAUUUGGAGCGAGGAGGGCGCGGGGAUCAAGGAGUUGUGCAUUUUGUUAGAGUGGCUGAUGCACGGAGUCGUAGCCGGGUAG